CACGGCUGGUAUUUGUCAUACGUGAGUGUGAAUUGUUGAUUAGAGACGUGUUGUUGAUACUAAAUCUAUUAUUAGUGAGGGAUUCAUACGUCGAUCACUCGUCGAAAUCAAUUCUCCUGUUUUUGGUGGACAAUUGGGGCGUUUUGUCGCUGGAUUAUCCGAGUGUUUACAUUCAGCUCCGGUUUUGGAGUACUUGAGACGUUUGUCUGACUCCGAAAUAGUGAACGAGAGGAGUUUGAUAAGCUUCGUCAGUGGAUUUCGCGACAGAAUUUAGCAAAUCAAAAGCCAAAAUGUGCGCGAAAAUGGCAUUUCAGCACCAGGCGGGCACCGCUAUGGAGUGCCUGAGUAUACCAAUAACCCUCCGCAAAGAGACUGAGAUGCUGAAUGGCGAGGCAUUCAUGAAGUGUGGCUUCAAAAUAGGGGGAGGUAUCGACCAAGACUUUCGAAAAAGUCCCCAAGGCUACACAGACAACGGGAUUUACGUGACUGAAGUGCAUGAGGGGUCACCAGCAGCCAAGAGUGGCUUGAGAAUUCACGACAAAAUUCUCCAGUGCAAUGGCUACGACUUCACGAUGGUCACCCACAAAAAGGCCGUUGGCUACAUCAGAAAACAUCCUGUACUGAACCUACUUGUAGCACGGAAGGGCGUCACCAGCACUUGAAUACAUAUCAAUAACUUAAUCACGUGUGGAAGAAUUUAAUAGAAAAACCUAGCACUUUCUGUAAGAAAUCCCAUUGAAGUUCUGUUGAAAUUCUAUUUAUUUUUUGCGUCUAUUUUUCAGUCGAUUUUUUAUGGAAAUAAGUCUAAAUGUUGAUUUCCCUAAUUACUUAUUCUGUUGGAAUCGUUUCUGGAAGAAUUCUUGGGCAUCAAUUUUUUACUUUUUGUCGUAUUUCAUUAAGAGAAAAAAAUAAUA